CACUUAUAGUCACUGUUAGCUGGUAAAAAGAUUCUUUGCCACCUGCACUGUUUAUUAAUCUAAACUGUAUCUUAUAAAGACUGUGCCCACCCCUUAGAAAUAUGGCCCACAUUGAAAACCAUUGCCCUAGAAAACCAGAACCAAUAGAUUAAAGCAACAAGAAAACAAGUUUAGGCUACUUGCAACAAGUAGCAAUAGUGACAGUUGUAUUAUAGGGUCAAAACAACCUUCCCCAGCUCAUUUCUGUAGAUGUCUUGGGAGUUCACCUUCCAAAAUGCCCAGCCAGAACGUCUGGAGAGCAUCAGAUUAAAGAAGAUGACCUGGAAAUUCAGCACUAACUUGUUUAAACGAAUGGGGGAGAAGCGAGGCUGGGGAAUAAAAGCUAUUUUAUAGCUAAUUCAUGCUAAUUAUAGUGAUCAAAAGCUGCAUUGCCAGGAAUUCAAACUUGUGAUAGUCAUGAGAGUUAGCUAAUCCUAAGGAAAAAUGAGAAAAAACUUUCAGAGCUCAGCCAGAACCUGGAUGCAUAAGAACUGAAACUAUUUGUCCAGCAAGCUUGAAUCAAUUGGCAGCUGCUCUCCAGUUUUCUCCGUGGGACCUGAACAAAACAAGAUGCCCAGGGGAGAGCAUUACCUCAACGGCAACUUUGGUAGAGGGAAGGGAUAUACUUCUCUUUCUGCAGAAGAGGCUGCAGGUAUUGGAAUUCUAACUGUUGUUCUUGCAGUUUUACUGAUUCUUGGAUGUUGGUGUUGCAAAAGGCACAGUGGUUAUACAAGGCUUUUGAGUAAGAAUUUUGGAUUGGCCCCUUUGACCAUCUCAAAAGGCAGAAGCUCCUUAUGUGACUCCAAAUUGCCCUUGCAGGAAUACAGCUGCAACUACAAUCAUGUGGUGCCAGAUGCCCCACCAGCCUAUGAUAAGAGCUCCAGCUUGUUGCCACCACCAUAUGCCCCAUAAACAGGAGGAAUUAAUCAGUGCUUGCUUUCUUUAAGUAAUUUCUAUGAGAAUCUGAGAGGGAAAAUGCAAGCUAAUAUGAAUAGUUCCAGAAGUCAUUCUUGCUUAAAAAACCUAGCUGUCCCCUUUUGCAUGAGAUACCUAAGAUGUUGACAUUAUAGCCUAUAUAUCUUCAUUUGGUAUAUCUUCAUUUAAUAUAAGAUUGACAGUAAAAUACUAUUUCAUUUAAUAUGUAUAAUAAAUAAUACAAAAAACAAGAACCAGUCUUCCUGAAAUCCUUGGCAAUAUUAACAAAAAGGGGAUUUAGCUAAUCUUGGCUGAUCUAGAAAGUUCAUCAGGAUUGUGGGAACCAUCUUGGAAAUUGAGAGCUAUGAGCUAAACUGGGAAAAUGAAUGAACACUUCGUAGGAGAAAACAGUGAAAAAUCACUUCUGCAUUAUGGCAAGAAAGCUGCAAGGAUGUGUCUAUAUAAAUUACCAGGAAUUAAGCUCAAUCUGAGGCAACUUUAUCUUUUAGACAUUAUAUCAAAAGAUGCAAUAGAACUUUUUUCUGUAUUGAAAACUUAUCAUCAGAUAGUGCCUACUUAUACAACUCAAUAGCUUCCUAUUUUGCUAGUUCUCUAGAAAAGAAAUAAGAUCUGAUAUUAUGACCUGUCUCCAGUCCUAUGUGAUCUGUAAUAAAGUGUGCAUGCACUCACUUUUAGGGUAUGGUAGUAGCCCAUUUAGGAUGCAAAAACUUAAUGAUCCUUACAUUUUGCCCUCAGAAUAUGUCUUCCUACUUGCCUUUUUCCUUUUGAGCAAUACUGGGAGAAAGAAUAGCUAGGAGAAAAGCUUUGGUGAGGGAAUUAAGUAAUUUACUAUCAAUAUCCUGUACCUUUUAAACUCUAUUCAGAAUUCACAAUAAAACAUUGAUAUAUUCCUAAAAUGAAAUGAAAAACAAACACUUUAAAACAAUUUAAAUAUUAAUAUGAAGGAAAUAGCACAAUUAAUCAGGCAUUAACAGUCUCCUGAA